AUGUCAAAACGGAGUAUUGACCAGGACUAUGUCAACGAAGAAGGUUUGAUAAAUUCUUUACAGAAUUUAUCAUCAGAUGAAACACCCACAAAUGGUACAAAUCGUACCAAUGGUAUAAAUGGAACAUAUUCUGUUCAACCGACAGUGUUAUGGAAAGAAGUUCCAGAUUAUGUUUGCUAUUACUCCUAUGAGUAUAACGAAAUUUUUAUGGGUCAAAAUGAUUGUCGUACAGAAAAGUUAUUUGGAAAUAUACAACCAGAGUCAAACAAUAUUUCAAUAUUAGAUUCAAGAAUUGUAGUGAAAUUAAAAAUUUUACCUAAAUUUGAUAUAUCAAAAUCAUUUGUCAAAUUUAGUGUAUUAAUUUGGUCAUCUGAUAGAUUUAUAAAAUCAUCAGAAGCUAGAUUAGGAAAUAUGUUUGUAUCGGAAUUUGUUGGAAUGAGACCGUAUAGUAUGUUACGUGAAGGACAUCAUGUUAUUGAGACAUAUUGUGUCGACUUAAAUGGUAAUAAGCCGUAUCAAAUUAUUUCCCAUGACGAUUUUAUGUUAGGGCAUAAAAAAAUUUCUGAUAAUUCAGUUCCUUCAGAUAGACUUUUUGACGGACGAAAUUAUUUUAUUACUUUAUUUUUAGAUGAUUUUUAUAAUUCUAGAUACGCUGAUUUA